AUGAUUUCUUUCACUAAGGCCGACUUGGAUAUGGUGCAGGAUCCGCACAAUGAUACCCUGUUGGUAACUCUAAAGAUUGGAGAUUGGCAAGUAAGACGCAUACUAAUUGAUCAUGGUAGCUCUUGUGACAUUAUGUAUGUCAGAUGUUACAAGGAGCUUGACCUUCACCCAGAUGACUUAGAGCAAUCUGAUAACCCUAUGGUCGGAUUCAAUGGGACAUUGACAUGGCCUCUCGGUGCCACAAAUUUAGAAGUGCAGGCAGGAAGUAAGAAGGUAAAAAUGAAGUUUGCUGUGAUAGAUACUCCCUUCCCAUACAACAUCAUUCUGGGACGACCUUGGUUGCAUGUAAUGAGGGUUGUUCCCUCCAUGCUACACCAAUUGUUACGAUUCCCAACUGAUCAAGGGAUUGAAGAAGUAAGGAGGGGACCAAGUACAAGUGAAAAUUUUCACUAUGGCGGCAAUGAAGUACACUUGUAA